AUGGCAGACCUCAGGCAGACCUCAGACAGACCUCAGACAGACCUCAGACAGACCUCAGACAGACCUCAGACGGACCUCAGACGGACCUCAGGCAGACCUCAGGCAGACCUCAGACGGACCUCAGACAGACCUCAGGCAGACCUCAGACAGACCUCAGAGAGACCUCAGACAGACCUCAGACGGACCUCAGACGGACCUCAGGCAGACCUCAGGCAGACCUCAGACAGACCUCAGGCGGACCUCAGGCGGACCUCAGGCAGACCUCAGACAGACCUCAGACAGACCUCAGGCAGACCUCAGACAGACCUCAGACAGACCUCAGACGGACCUCAGGCAGACCUCAGGCAGACCUCAGGCAGACCUCAGACAGACCUCAGACAGACCUCAGACAGACCUCAGACGGACCUCAGGCAGACCUCAGGCAGACCUCAGACAGACCUCAGACGGACCUCAGACAGACCUCAGACGGACCUCAGGCAGACCUCAGACAGACCUCAGACAGACCUCAGACAGACCUCAGACAGACCUCAGGCAGACCUCAGGCAGACCUCAGACAGACCUCAGACAGACCUCAGACAGACCUCAGACGGACCUCAGACAGACCUCAGGCAGACCUCAGACAGACCUCAGGCAGACCUCAGACAGACCUCAGACAGACCUCAGACAGACCUCAGACAGACCUCAGACAGACCUCAGACAGACCUCAGACGGACCUCAGGCAGACCUCAGGCAGACCUCAGACAGACCUCAGACGGACCUCAGGCAGACCUCAGACAGACCUCAGGCAGACCUCAGGCAGACCUCAGACAGACCUCAGACAGACCUCAGACAGACCUCAGACAGACCUCAGACAGACCUCAGACAGACCUCAGACAGACCUCAGACAGACCUCAGACAGACCUCAGGCAGACCUCAGGCAGACCUCAGACAGACCUCAGACAGACCUCAGACAGACCUCAGACAGACCUCAGACAGACCUCAGACAGACCUCAGACAGACCUCAGGCAGACCUCAGACAGACCUCAGACAGACCUCAGACAGACCUCAGACAGACCUCAGGCAGACCUCAGGCAGACCUCAGACUGA